AGUAGGAGCAAAAGUGGUUUUUUAAUAGAAAGUGGAAGUGUUUUGUGGAAAGCAAAAAAACGAAAGAAGAAGAGUUUUAAUUUGUGGAAGUGAGUGAGUAUAUGAGAUUAUUUUGGUCUGCGUUUGGCUUCUUCUUCUUCUUCUUCUUCCUCCUCCUCGCCACCGGGGCGAAUUCCCAGUCCUCCUUCCAUUACUGCCCAAACACCACUCUCUACGCGCCAAACGACCCCUACCGCUCCAACCUCAACUCCGUUCUCUCGAGGCUCCUUUCUUCCUCAAACGCCACGCGCGCAAACCAAAGAGGCCUCUUCAGCUCUGCCUCGGCCGGGAGCGGCGGGGACUCCGCCGCGUACGCUCUCUUCAUGUGCGGCGGCGACGUCCUCGCCCGCUACUGCCUGGCGUGCGUGAGCGAUGCCCGGGACAGCAUCAUGCAGUUGUGUCCCAGACAGAAGACUGCUUAUGUCUGGUACGACCUCUGCAUGCUGCGCUACUCGGACAGGCCCAUCGUCGGGAGGCUCGACGUGUCGGUCCAUAACAUUAUGUACCGUCCCGAGAAUCACUCCCGGCCAGAGGCUUUCAUGACGUGGGUUGGCAUCUCGCUGGCGAAUCUAGCCAACCGGUUGAAGGAUGGCGGCGGCGGCAGCGACAAGUUUGCCACGCACGAAACCAGGUUCGACUCGAGGGAGACGAUAUACACUCUGGGGCAGUGUACGCCGGACCUGUCCAACGCCGACUGCGAGGAAUGCAUAACUAAAGCUAAACAAGGCCUAACGGCGCCGGCGAUCGGUUGUAGGAAUAUGCUCCCAAGCUGUUAUGUGAGGUAUGAGAUGUACCCUUUCUACUAUAACACUAUUGCGGCCGCCCCGGCGGCUUCCGUUCCUCCACCGCCGCCGGCGCAUAUUCUUGCUUCUCCAUCUAGUUCAAAGGUGGCCAUUGUCGCAACUAUAGCUCCAUUUAGUGGGGUUAUGUUCACAAUUGCAAUCGUAUGUCUUGUGAGAACUAGACGACGUGCCAAACAGAGAAAUGGGAUAUCUCCAAGUGCAGAAGUAAAUGGCAUUUCAAGCGAGUCAUGCCAAUAUGAUUUUACUACUAUUCAAGCUAUUACUAAUGAUUUCUCAUGUAAAAUCGGACAAGGUGGAUAUGGUUUCGUAUACAAGGGAAACCUUUUUAAUGGGCAAGAGGUAGCUAUAAAAAGACUUUCAAGAAGCUCAGGACAAGGUGUUCGAGAGUUCAAAAAUGAGGUUGAAGUAGUUGCCAAGCUUCAACAUAGAAAUUUAGUUAGGUUGUUGGGAUAUUGCUCUGAGGUUGAAGAAAAGAUACUUGUCUAUGAAUUCGUGCCCAAUAAAAGCCUCAAUUACUUUUUAUUUGAUCGUGAGAGCCAAGAUAUUUUGGAUUGGUCAACACGUUAUAAGAUAAUGGAAGGAAUAGGACGGGGACUACUUUACCUUCAUGAAGAUUCUCGCCUUAGAAUUAUACAUCGGGAUCUUAAAGCAAGCAACAUAUUAUUGGACAAAAAUAUGAGUCCAAAAAUAGCAGAUUUUGGCAUGGCAAGAAUUUUUGCAUUUGAUCAAACAAAGGAAAGUACUAAUAGAAUUGUUGGAACAUAUGGUUACAUGUCCCCCGAGUAUGCAAUGCAUGGAGAAUUUUCUGUGAAGUCCGAUAUUUUCAGCUUCGGUGUGCUUAUCCUAGAGAUCAUUUCUGGAAAGAAAAAUAAGUUCCGCCAAUCAAAUAAAGCACAAGACCUCCUUGGCUAUGUUUGGGAGCAAUGGAUUGAUGGAAGACCUCUAAAGAUAUUAGAUCCAAAUCUUAAAGAAUGUUAUACAAUUGAAGAAGUCAUCCAAUGUAUACACAUUGGUUUACUAUGUGUUCAAGAAAGUGCGGACAAAAGACCUACAAUACAAGAGAUAAUGUUGAUGUUCAAUAGUUAUUCGAGUAAUAAUUGGUCAAUGCCUAGUGAACCUGCAUUUUUUCAAGGAGUGAGAGGAGGAGGAGGAGAAGCCAUGUCUUCUUCCCAAACGGGAAAGCUGAUGCCGAAUCUGGACGAGCGGAGCACCAAGGUUCUCAAUCUCACCGUUCUCCAGAGAAUUGAUCCCUAUAUUGAGGAGAUCUUGAUCACCGCCGCUCACGUCACCUUCUACGAGUUCAAUGUCGAGAUCAACCAGUGGAGCCGUAAGGAUGUUGAAGGGUCUUUGUUUGUGGUUAAGAGGAAUACCCAGCCAAGGUUCCAGUUUGUUGUAAUGAAUCGCCGGAAUACAGAGAAUCUGGUGGAGGAUCUCUUGGGAGAUUUUGAAUUUGAAAUUCAGGUUCCAUAUCUAUUAUAUCGUAAUGCAGCUCAAGAAGUGAAUGGUAUCUGGUUUUACAAUUCACGUGAGUGUGAAGAGGUUGGAAAUCUAUUUAGUAGGAUUCUUAGUGCAUAUUCAAAGGUUUCUCCGAAGCCAAAGCUAAGUUCAACCAAAAGUGAGUAUGAAGAACUUGAGGCAGUACCAACUAGUGCAGUGAUUGAGGGGCCACUGGAGCCAUCAUUUACUGUGCCCACUCAUACUGAUGUUGCUGAAGACAACUUUUUGAAUUUCUUUGAUGCAGCCACAGGUUUAGGCGCCAACUCUUCUAAGUCCCCGAAUACUGGGCCAACGUACUAUGCUUCUCCUCAAACCUCAGCUUCGACCUCACGUUUACCUGGCUCCAUACCACAUGUCCCAACACUUCCACCGCAAUCAGCUCCUUCAGUUUUGUCUCUCCACGAUGGUACUGACCCAAUGAACAAAACCAAUCAGGUUGCCGGUCUUCUCAAGCCCAAUUUCUUUACACCUCUUUCUAUGUCACCUGUAUUACCAGUGAACCAUAUUCUGUCCUCUAUCCCAGCAACACCUGCACUUAAUCCUUCUCCCUUGAAUCUGCAGCAACGCCCACAUGGUUCUCCAAUGCUUCAACCCUUCCCCCCUCCCACACCACCACUCUCUUUCACUUCUAAUCCUCCUCCUCCUACUAAUGCGACUCUGAACAGAGAAAAAGUUCGAGAUGCACUUCUAAUGCUGGUUCAGGACAAUCAGUUUAUCGACUUGGUCUACCAAGCACUGUCAAAAGUGCACCAAUCAUGAGCCUGUUGAUGAACAAGGCAGACACAAGGUGGGCGGGAGAAUACAUAUGAUCUUAUGGCGAGCGUUAUUUGAAGGUUUCUCUUCGGCCUUCUCUGUGGAACUGAGUAUACAUAAUCACCUUAGUUUCAUGUAUUUUAUCGUACAGUGAAUGUUGGUGUGAAAUUGUAUAUGAUUUGGAGUGCAUUGUCCUCAACCUUACUCUUUGGGCAUUACAGAAUGCGAUCAAUGGUAGGGUUGUGUGGGGUCUAUUUUCUCAUUGGGAAAAGAAGCAUUUCGUGGGUGCGUGUGUGUGUGAGACACUGCUUGCAUUAUUUUUAUGAUGUGUUUGAUAGUAGUAUUUGUCCAAGAACAAUGUAUUCUUUUAAAGUUUAAAAGCAAAUUGACGACACGGAUUGAGAUGUUGGUUUUUCUUUUGUUUUUCUCUUGAAUAAUUGCUAAGCGUGUCU